AUGCCUGGCCGGUACCGGUCGAUUUCGUGGCCGUGGAGCCGCGGGGAGGCAGGUGAGGCGCGUCGGUGUGUGGCGCAGGGAGCUGGGCGGGUGCAUGGAGAGGAGGCAGCGCGGGGAGUUGGGCUGGUGGCGCUGGGAGCCGAGGCCGCACUGGUCGGCGACGGAGGGAGGUCGUCGCCGGAGAUAAAAGGAGGAGACGGAGGGGAAGGGGAUCUCGACCUUGUGGGGUCGUGGCGAGGUGCGUCGACAGUGGUUAGUGAAGGUGGGGUGCAGGCCGCGACGGGGGGCGAGCGCGACGCCGCAUGGUGGGAGGUGGUAGGGGGUGGGGCGCCGCCGCGCGGUAGGAAGUUGUCAGGGUGGUCGUGCGGCGGUGCUUGGAGGGAGAUGGAGCGGCGGGGCUGGGAAGGGGAGAUCGUGGGGAAUGGCGUCGAGGGCUGUGAAGGUGGCGCUGCUGCUCGCGGCGGUGGCGACGACGUGCGCGCUGGCGCAGCUCCACGAGAAGUUCUACGGCGAGACGUGCCCCAGCGUGGAGGAUGUCGUGAGGAAGGAGAUGGUGAAGGCGCUGUCACUGGGUGCUUCGUCAGGGGGUGCGACGGCUCGGUUCUGCUGGACUCGGCCAACAAGACGGCGGAGAAGGAUACGCAGCCGAACCAGACGCUGCGAGGCUUCGGCUUUGUCGAGAGGGUGAAGGCCGCGGUGGAGAAGGCCUGCCCCGACACCGUCUCCUGCGCCGACAUCCUCGCCCUCAUUGCCAGGGACGCAGUAUGGCUGCAAGGGUCCAUUCUGGACAGUUCCUCUCGGCCGGCGAGACGGCAGCGUGUCCAUUUCCAACGAGACCGACGCUCUGCCACCCCGACCCCCAACUUCACCGUGCUCACCCAGCUCUUCGCCGCUGUGAACCUCGACGCCAAGGACCUCGUCGUCCUGUCCGCCGGGCACACGAUCGGGACGUCGCACUGCUUCUCCUUCUCCGACUGGCUCUACAACUUCACCGGCAUGGAGAACCCCAGCGACAUCGACCCCACGCUAGAGCCGCAGUACAUGAUGCGGCUCAAGAGCAAGUGUGCAAGCCUCAACGACAACACCACCCUCGUGGAGAUGGACCCCGGCAGCUUCAAGACCUUCGACACCGACUACUUCAAGCUGGUGAGCAAGCGGAGGGGCCUCUUCCACUCCGACGGCGCCCUCCUCACCGACCCCUUCACCCGCGCCUACGUCCAGCGCCAUGCCACCGGUGCCUUCAAGAACGAGUUCUUCGCCCACUUCGCCGACUCCAUGAUCAAGAUGGGCAACGCCAACCCGCUCACCGGAAGCCAAGGUGAGAUCAGAAAGAAGUGCAGCGUGGUCAACCAUUAAACCACCGACGAAGUACAAGGCCGUUUUGAUUUGUAACAAUCUUUUUUCCUUGUAAAUUACUGUAAGAUUGUUAUAGCUCCUUUCUCUCCUAAAUCUUUUUCUUUCAUUAACUUAUUGUUUCGUUACAACCAUGUUAGUUCCUUGUACACAGGACGAACACUUUGAUAUUGCCACCUCUGACGUGUCGUCCAUUGUCAUCUGGAGAUUAUUCAUGUCACGGUUA